GGCGGCGGCGGCGGCGGCAGCGACGCGGUGGCGGGCCGCGGACGGGCGGCGUGAGGAGCGGCGGCGGAGAGCGGAGCCGCCGGGAACCGAGGGCGCCGGGCCGCCCCCUGCCCAGUCCUUGCAGGCCGCCAGGCCCCCUCCAGCUGGGGCCGUGGAGCACCGGGGCAAAGGCCGGGGGCCCCCCAUGAAGGAGCGCGACGCGGCCCCGGCCGAGCGGGGCAAGCCGGCCACCUACACCGGGGACAAGAAGGCGAAGAUGGCGGCCAAGACCAACAAGAAGUGGGUCCGGCUCGCCACCGUGUUCGCCUACGUGCUCUCGGUGUCUCUGGCCGCCAUCGUGCUCGCCGUCUACUACAGCCUCAUCUGGCAGCCGGUCGGCGCCGGGACCUCGGGGGGAGCCGCCGGGCUGCACCCGGGCGGUUCCAACGCCACCGGCCCGUCCGGGACUUCGGGGGCGGCGGCGGGGCCCAACGCCACGGGGUCGUCCCGCCGCGAGGCGCCGCGCGACGCACCCCCGCUGCAGGCGGUGCGACCCGCGCCUCCGGAGCCCUCUGCCGACAGCCCCCCGGCCGGGCCACUAGAGCGGCCGCAGGGGCCGGACGCCGACGAGGAGGAAGCGGCGGCGGCGCCCGGGAGCCGCUGAGCCCCCUCUGCUCCCCCGAGCUGGGGGCGGCCGGGUACCAUCCUCCCCAGCCCCAGAGACAGGACUUUGCAGCGGGACGGGCCGGGGACCUCGCGGGAGUGACCCCCACAAGAGUGAACGCCCCUUCCACGACCGCCGGCUCGCCCCGGAAGCGGAUGACCCCCAGCCCGAUCUUCAGUCAAGGGACUGCGAUUUGCUGGGGGUCUCGGGGGUUUGGUCUUCCCCGGACUGUGAUGCGCUAGGGCCCUGAGCCCUAAGGGAGAUGGGGGGAGGGGUGGGGAGAUCCCUUCUGCUUUGCUCGCUCUUGUGUAGCUUACAUGCAGGGGUGACUCGGGCUUUCCCCCAAGACUCAGAGGAAGGAGGGAGCUGUAGGGGCUCUUUUUUAAAUAAGCUGAAGCUCUCGCAAGGAGGAAGGCACCAAAAGUAGUGGAGCUCAGGAGACCAUCUGGAGUCCACUCCCCUGCCCGCAUCCUGACCCCUGCAUCCUGGACUGUUUAAAUCCACCUUGGGAUGGAUCAGAGAGUCCAGAGAAACCACUUGUAGGUCCACCUGCUGGCCUCCUGACUCUCUAAAGCCUUCACUGGAAUUGAGACAUUAACUCCAGCUCUGGCUGUGAAAAUGACCAGAGACAUUAUUUAUAAUUCAGCCAUUUAAGAUAUACCUGUACUCAAAAAGUCCUGUAUAUUUUUUAAAAGUUUUAUUUUUCAGGUGAACACAAAUACAAGAACUCUGUCUAA